UUGCAACAAUCUUGUGCAGCUUGCUGGGAGCCCCAAAGGAGAGGAAGAUCGGUUGUCCCUGUCUUAGGCUUGCUGCUUCCGUUUAGCGUCUAUCAGAUCCUUUGUUUCCCAGUUUUUGCUUGAGACGUCGACUACGCGUGUUUCACCCAACGCAGGGCUUGCUAAAGCGCCCGCUCAGUCGCAAAUAUGGCGCCAGAAAGACAAGGAAAAAGUGUCUUCUUGGGGAAUAUACCCUACAACCUCACUGAAGAGCAGGUGAAAGACAUCCUCAGUUCCGCUGGAACGGUGACGAAAUUCCGCCUCAUGAUGAAUCCUGAGACAGGCAAGCCGAAGGGUUAUGGGUUCGCCGACUUCGCAGAUGCAGAUGCUGCUGCUUCUGCUGUUCGAAAUCUGAACGACUACGAGAUCAUGGGAAGGAAGAUCCGGGUUGAUUGGCCACACAAUAACGAGAAGGAUUCGAUUCCUCCCGACUACUCUCAGCAAUCCCAGAUGGCCGGACAGGCUCCUGAUAGCCAGUCAGGAUACCAGCAACAAUCAACGUCUUUGCCUCCUCUCCCUCCUGGCGUCGACGUACCACCACACCUGGAUUGUCCAAAUGCGAUUUCUCAGACUCUUUCGUCACUCUCUCCUCCUCAACUACUCGAUGUGCUCUCUCAGAUGAAAUCUUUGGCAGUCGCAGAUCCUGCGCGAGCUACAGAGCUCCUUCGACAAGCCCCUCAGCUUGCCUAUGCCAUAUUCCAAGCAUUACUUCUUAUGAACCUAGUCGACUACAGCACGCUAGGAUCCGUUGUUGAACAAGCAGCACAGCCUGCUGCUGCUGCAGCUGCUCAGCCCUAUCAGCCUUACGCAUCUGUCCCAGGCCAAAUAUCGACACCACCAGUCCAUAACGCUCCUUUUGCACCUCCGCAGGCACAACAGCCAAUGCCUGCGCAGCAACAGGUUCCCGGCCAAGACGAACUGUUGCAGCAGGUCCUGAGCAUGCCUCAGGCUGCCAUAGAUGCACUGCCUCCAGUGGAGCGGAGUCAGAUCAUGCUUCUGCGCCAACAGUUGAUGCAAGGCGCAGGCAGGUAAUGCGUUUCGAUAUCUCCUAACGCUUACGCGAUGUCUCUGUCUCUUCUUAUCUCUCGCAGAAACGGCGGUAAUUUUAACUGGGAAUGGAUGGCGUAAACUGGAAGGUUUGUCACAAGGUUGCAUGCACUAUUUGGUGUGAAAUGGUCCAGAGCGUCUGCAGCUACGGUAUGAUCGAUCUCGUUUUGAAUGGUGGUUGCGAUAUGCCUCAUCUGCUUGAACUGCCAGGUAUUUCUUUGCGUAUUGUGUAUCUAGGACAUAAUUUAUUCUCUGGUAGAAAUAGUGCCAGGAAUAAAAAAACAUAUUAUGAGCGGAUGAAGG